GUCAAAGUCAAAAUUAAACCCUACGAAAUCCCUAAACGUUUUGCCCCCCCCCCAAAAAAAAAGCACGCAGCUUUGACAACCUCUGAGCCAGGCGGAGGCUUUCGAAUCUCCACGCGAUGAAUCCACAGUUGAAGAGGUUUUGGGUUGUGGGCUGUGGCAAAGACGACGAAGCUUUAGGCCUGAAGGAGGAGGGAAAGACGAUGACGAGAGAGAGAGAAAUGAUGGGUCACAGCUACUAUGGCGUCUGCGCUUUGGGAGGAAUGUUCAGUGCCGGAACCACCCAUGUCCUUAUUACUCCUCUCGAUGUUCUCAAAGUCAACAUGCAGGUGAACCCAGUGAAGUAUGGCACCAUUCCAUCAUGCUUUACCUCUCUCCUGAGAGAACGUGGCCCUUCUGUGUUUUGGAGAGGUUGGGGGGUGAAGUUGUUUGGCUAUGGCGUUCAUGGCGGUUGCAGAUUCGGUUUGUACGAGUAUUUCAAAGAUCUCUACUCAAAUGUGUUGCCCCACUGCAACCGGAACUUCGUCUUCUUUCUGAGCAGUGCUUCAGCUGAGGUCUUUGCCAAUUUGGCUCUGUGCCCAUUUGAAGCCAUUAAAGUUCAAGUUCAAGCUCAGCAAGGCUUUGCAAAGGGAUUAAAGGAUGGAUUCCCCAAGAUUUAUGCAUCUCAAGGUAUCUUUGGAUUUUACAGGGGGCUAAUUCCGCUUUUGGGUCGAAACCUUCCAUUCUCUAUGGUAAUGUUCUCGACUUUUGAGCACUCGGUGAACUUCAUAUACCGAAACAUCAUCCAGAAAGAAAAGGAGGAAUGCUCAAAGGUUCAGCAGCUCGGGGUUACAUGUCUAGCUGGCUACACUGCUGGAUCAGUCGGUAGCGUCAUAACCAACCCUUCCGAUCUUAUAGUCUCCGCACUGUACAACAAGAAAGCCGACACUAUAAUGCAGGUAGGUAUUCUUCUUCUCUUCCUUCCAUCUUACCCUAUCGGAUUCUUGGAGGAACAGAGAACCCGGUUUUUUGUUGAUUGGCUCUUGGGGGGAAAUUUAAGGUUGUACGGGGAACCGGGAUAUGGGAUCUGUUCACGAGAAGUCUUCCUGUCCGGAUAUUGCUUGUGGGGCCUUCAGUGACAUUGCAAUGGUUCUUCUACGACACCAUCAAGGUUUUAAAUGGAUGGUCUACGAGUGGGGGGAGGAGGAGGUCACAGCAAACAGAAGUAGACAAAUGAACUAAAAGCUCUCACAAUCCAUCCAAAUAGAUUCUUUUUUUUUUCUCUCCAAGAAAUUUGAUUACAGAUUGAAACCACAGAAUAGAGAUGGCGACGAUCUAUAAUAUGGAAUACGGAUCCAUCACCAUCUCCAUGAAUUUGAUUACAGAUUGUUCAAACUAUUUCUAUGGUCUCUGUAUAUGCAUUGGCUUUUGUAAAGACCGCAUGACAUGGAUAUCAUAUUUUAGCUAUUGAAAUCCGAUAGUUUAUAACUUCCAUGAAAAUGUACCGAAAACUUUUGUGCAUUAUAUUGUAAGAAAAAUUGAAUCUAAUUUGUU